AUGGCCUCUNACCUUUUCUGGAAACCUCCAUCCGGUUUCUCGCAAUGGACUCCCUCGGCUUUUGACGUACUGGGGGUACGUUAUUCAUGUGGUGAGCAAUUUAUGAUGUCUGAAAAAGCGAAGCUGUUUGGAGAUAUGGCAUCGUAUGACAAAAUUAUGACGGCAACUGAUCCUAAGACAUACAAGUACUUGGGUCGUAAAGUGCGUCCUUUCGACUAUGCUGAAUGGGAGCGUCGUCGUGAAGAGAUCGUGCUUACAGGGUCAUAUGCUAAAUUUGCUCAAAACCCAGCCAUGAAACAACAUUUGAUGGCGACGGGUACCCGUUUCCUUGCAGAAGCUAGCCCCUUCGAUCCUGUUUGGGGUAUCGGCAUGGCUGCAACAUCUCCAGAGGCUAGUGAUUCUUCUAAUUGGCCGAAUAGUGGUCGCAACUUGUUGGGAAAAGUGUUGAUGGAAGUUCGACGCUUGUUGCGUGAUCGGCCAUUGUCUGGCGAAGAUUUCCCUGCCUCUCCUUUCCCCGAGCCCUCCUUUUCGCAGCCGUUGUACCCUGGUCAACAACGCAUCCACGAGGUGGGUUCUCCUGGUGCGGCACCACCUUCAGAGGGCCGGGGUGAAGAUCCUGCUGGCCUUCGUUUGGACGCUCCGGGGGACCAUGCUCCUAGCGUUCACUUGGUGACCGCUACCUCUGUUUGCCCAGACCACCUUCCUCUUCUGGAACACGGACCGGAUUUGGUGGGCGGCACGCUUCUGCUGGA